GUAAUUCAUUUCAAAGCCGACAUUCAUGUAGUUAACAUCUUGGUAGAACAAAAAAUAUUUUUUAAAAGUUUUCGAGAGUUCAAAUUUUCUUUUGGUUCACAAAUUAAGGGCUAUGGAGAACGGUAACUACGGAGGCUCGGAAUUCGGUUGGGAUUACUCCAUGGGUGGUCAGGGCCAGGGAAUGUCCGGAUACUCACAGAUGGGUGGCAUGAAUCAGGGCUCCUAUGGCGGAUCUGGUGGCUACGGCGGUCGUCAGUGGCUGCACUCGAACCAGGCCAACAGCCAGCAAUACGCACAACAGGGAAUGCAACAAGGCAGCUUUCCCACGGGCAUUGCAGAAUACAAUCAGUCCAUGCUGCGCUAUAGUUCCUUCCCGAAGACGGCCGACACCAAGUCCGAGAUGUAUUCCAUCAUGGGCGGCGGCGGUGGCGGCGGCAGCGGCCAGGGCAUGAGCAUGACGAGCAUGAGUGGUGGCGGUGGUGGUGGCGAGAACUACUACGGCGGCUACUCGGGCAUGUCAAACAAUGGUCUAGGAAGUCCUGGCCAAGGCCAAGGUCAGGGCAACCAGGGCUAUAGCAGCAGUUGGUUUUGAAGUGUUGAUCAAAAAGGUAGCUCUCCAUUGCUUUAAAUUAAAAUUAAAUUCCUGAAUUCAAAAUUUUCGGAUUAUUGGUUGCCAAAUAAGUCAGAAAGAAAUAAUAUCUACAAGUAAGCACACCACCCGAUACACAACUAUAAUAAGUCACCUUUUUGUUAAACAUUGAACAAAUUUCAAAAAUAAACCAAUUCCGAAAUGUUGCAUACAGA